AAUCUGCAGGUGCCCCAAAAGAAAACAUAUUUUGAUGGCGAAGUUUUUGAAUAUCCAUCUGCUAAAUGUUUAUUAACUGACACAAUUAUUAAUUAUUCUACUUAACUUGAUUCUAUCAUUAUCAGAAUGUCUUUCAGUCUUUUGAAUGAAAAUUGGAGUAAUUUAUGUGAAGGCAUUUUGGUGCAAAAUUUUCCAUUGCAUAGAUCAUGCCGAGACGGCGACAUAGAACAACUCAAUUCUUUGUUGUCGACCGGCAACGUGAAUUUGUAUGAAGAAGACGAUUUCUAUGGCUGGACACCUAUUCACUGGGCAGCAUACUUUGGAAAAUUGCAAUGCUUAAUGCGACUACUUGAAAAUGGAGGAAGCUGUGAUGCAACAACAGAAAGACUUAACCAGACUCCUGCACACAUUGCUGCUUAUGGUGGGCAUUGUCACUGCCUUAAGUGGCUUCUCCACUGUGGUGCCACAAUCAAUAGACAGUUGGCAUGUUUGCGACGUUUAAUACACUUCCUGGAGGGCACUGGUGUACAAGGCUGUGACAUAGUCUCAAGCAAGUUCUCCCAAACCCCAGUACAUUUAAGUGUAUUUGGUGGACACCCACAGUGUUUAUACUGGUUGAUCCAGUCCAAAUGUGAUGUUAAUUUGCAGGACUACAUGGGUGAGACGCCCAUUCACAAAGCGGCUCGAACUGGCAGCAUGGAGUGUGUCAGCCUGCUAGUGUCCCAGGGGGCUAGGCUGAGUGUCCGUAACCAGAGUGGCAACACAGCCUGUGAGGUAGCUGCCUCAUCAGGAUAUCAAGAGUGUGCAAAUUACAUCGAACAAGCUGCUCAUCUGCAGGCACAGUCAUCCACCAUCCAUCCUACUCAAAAUGGCUUCAACCAUGCUCAAUUGAAUGGCAGAAGCUCUCCUGAGGGCCAAAGCAGCACCCAGACUCACUUUAUUUCCACAAACACAUAUCACUCUCAUCCUUAUUACGCUCAGAAUGGUGGAAUCAGUAAUGGUGUCCACAUACCCUUGUCCAACGAUUUGAAUCUCAGCAAUAAUAACAAUGAGAACUGUGAUAUGGAGAUGGGAGACACUUGCGAUGAGUUGCCGUUUAGAAACGGAGUUUCAAAUAGGGAUGUGUUGCUGAAUAAUGGCGUGUCCCAGAAUCUCGUACCUCUGGCUGGAAAGAAGAGGGGAAGGGAGGAUUUUGACCAUGGCUGCUUUAAGAGAGCUAAAAACGAAGAUCACAUGUUUGAAGCCCAGAACAGAUUCGUGUCUUCGCAAGUUACCAUAGCAACAGGUUAUAAUGGAGUUCAUAAUAGUGAUAACCACUGCAUCAAUGGCUUCUCAAACAAAUUAUCAGGCAAUCAGUCACCAGAUGCAAAUGGUUUCCAUGACAAUCCAGUGAAUAUGGAGGGCGAUGUCAGAUACCAUACUUCGAUGACAGUUCAGACGGAGUUCGGUUGUCAUGGGGACAGUGUGGUUGAAAUGGCAACCACAGUUAGCCCUUGUAAUGGCAAGUGGGUGGGAAGAAGUGUUGCCAAUGAUAAUCGAGAGCCAUUCAACUGCCUGAAAUUCCGUAUCCCGCCUGCAAAAUGUAGCCACUUCAUUUAACAUUAUGUAUUUGCAGAUUUUGAAUUGUUUUGUUUUGCACUGUUUAUACUGCAUUUCAGCUCACCUGGGCAUAAAGUGUUCAUGGUGAGCUGUUGUGGUCACCCAAUGUCCAGCAUUGUGUGUCGUUUACUGUUUUCCAUUAAUUUUAAGCUGGUUAUCACUCAUUUUUUUAGCGGGUUGUCUUAUUUUUUCAUCCAAAGUUGAUGAAACUAUGAAAAUGUAAACAUAGAAAAUAUCUAAGUCUGUCACACGUGUCUAAAAAAUAAGGUCACGAGGUCAAAUCUGAGAAAAAACUGUUUACCACUAUAGAGGCCACAUUUUGUAUUCAAUCUUGAUGAAAUGAUGACAGAAUGUUUAUGUUUACAAUAUCUAAGCCAAAUUUGAAUGUUGGUCAUGUGCAUCCAAACAUUAGGUCACUAUGUCCAAGGUUAGGAAAAACUGCUGGACACAUUUAUGACUCGAUCAUGUCAAAAUUUUAAAGAAUGUUUAUCUCGUCUAGAAGGUGGUUGAAUGUCAAUCAUUUGCAUCGUAAAACUAGGUCACAAGGUCAAAUUUUAGAAAACCUUGAAACCACUAGAGAUUACAUUUAUUAUUUUAUUCUAGAUGAAACUUAAUCAUCAUCUUUACAAUUUCUAAGCCACCUUUUUAAUCGGAGUCACAUACAUCCAAAAACCAGGUCACCAGGUUGAAUCCUAGUAUAAAGCUUGGUACCACUGUAGAGACAAAUGUAUAACUCAAUCAUCAUCAAACUUGGUCAGAUCCUUAUGAUAACAAUAUCCAGGCCAAGUUUAAAUAUGUGUCACAUGCAUAAGAAAACUAGGCCAUCUUUGUGAUGCAGUUUUGAUAAAAACUUGGUCUGAAUGGUUAUCUCGCAAAUUUAUAGGCCAAGUUUGAAUGUAGGUCAUGCAUGUCCAUAAAUUAGGUCACUUUGUCAAAUGUUGAAAAUAAAUCUGGUUGCCACUCCAGAAGUCAUAUUUCUGACUAAUUCUUAAGGAAAUGUUGUCAAAAUGUUAACAUUGUUAAUAUCGAUGCCUCAUAAUCUGAGUCAAGUGAGGUCAAUAACUAGAUCACCAGGUCACAUUUUCAAUAAUUCAAUAAUUUGUAUUCCAAAAUCUUAUGUGAGUGAUUUAAGACCUAAAUGGUCCUCUUGUUUUAUUAUAUAAGGGGAAAUUUCCCACAGAGCUUUCAAAUACAUUGUAGAUGUACAUGUAGGAAAUCACUUCCAAAAUCAACUUCUAUGGUAUUGCGAAUCUUGAAAACAUGGCUGGAACAGUUAAAUAACUUUGGCAAAAUGAAACAAAAGCUAAAAUUCCUUUAUUAGUAAAUAUUAAUUUUUCUCGGCGUUUUCGGAGAAAACCCGAGGUAUUGUCAUAGCCAGCUCGUCGUGUCGUCUGACGUCUGUCGUCCGCGUUGUGCUAAAACCUUAACAUUGGCUCUAAAAUCUAAGUGCUUCCACCUACAACUUUGAAACUUCAUAUGUAGAUGCACCUUGAUGAGUUCUACACGCCAAACCCAUUUUUGGGUCACUAGGUCAAAGGUCAAGGUCACUGUGACCUCGAAAAAAGAAAAAGAAACUGCACCCGUAGCCGAGCGAGGCACCCGUUAUGCGGUGCUCUUGUAAUUUGUUAUUUUAGCUGUCAAAAGUCUAUUAAAGUUUUCAGUAAUUUGGCUCCUCUUUCAAGAAUUUUGAUUUUAUCAAUAUCACCGGCAGUUGAAAGGUAAAGUGAUUUUUUCACCAUUAUGUGAGUGAUUUCUGCUGAGGACUCGGACAUUACUCUUUGAGGGGGAGCAUUAUUUACUUUACUCAGAAACAUUCCUACGAUAUAUAUUUUAAAACAACAAAAAUGUGGUACCUUCAGGAACAAAUCAGGCAAAUAUGCAGACUUAAUAUAAAAAACAAGCACUCAUCAACAUUGAGGGUUUAUAUACGUUUCAAUAUGAUUAUUAUUAUUGAUUUAAUUAUUCUUGUUAUAUUUUUAUGCCCCUGGAUCGAAAGAUUGGGGUAUAUUGUUUUUGGCCUGUCUGUAUGUCUGUCAUUGUAUGUGUUUGUCCCAAAACUUUUACCAAAACUUUAACCUUCGUUUAAGUUUGAUCAUAACUUUUUGAAUAUUGAAGAUAGCAACUUGAUAUUUGGCAUGCAUGUGUAUCUCAUGAAGCUGCACAUUUUGAGUGGUGAAAGGUUAAGGUGAUCCUUCAAGGUCAAAAGUCAAAAAAUACAAUCCAAGGGAAGUAAUAAGCUUUAAAAGGGAGAUAAUUUGUAAACCUGCCAAAUGAUACAUUGAAAUUUUAUUUCAAAGCGACGCUAUAGGGGGCAUUGUGUUUCUGACAACACAUCUCUUGUUUGUCUUUACUUAUAGAGAAUGUUUUUAAUUAUUGGCCAAUCAGGAAACAUAACAUGUUAACACCAUGGCAUGUUAACAUUGUUAAGUACAAGGUAUAUAAGACGAUUUACUAUGGGAAAGUCAUGUUACUUUUUAUGUCCCCCACUAUAGUAGUGGGGGACAUAUUGUUUUUGCCCUGUCUGUUGGUUGGUUGGUUGGUUGGUCUGUUGGUCUGUUGGUUGGUCUGUUUGCGCCAACUUUAACAUUUUGCAAUAACUUUUGCUAUAUUGAAUAUAGCAACUUGAUAUUUGGCAUGCAUGUGUAUCUCAUGAAGCUGCACAUUUUAAGUGGUGAAAGGUCAAGGUCAUCCUUCAAGGUCAGAGGUCAAAUAUAUGUGGCCCAAAUCGCUUAUUUUAUGAAUACUUUUGCAAUAUUGAAGAUAGCAACUUGAUAUUUGGCAUGCAUGUGUAUCUCAUGGAGCUGCACAUUUUGAGUGGUGAAAGGUCAAGGUCAUCCUUCACUAGGUCAAGGUCAUCCUUCAAGGUCAAACGUCAUAUAGGGGGACAUUGUGUUUCACAAACGCAUCUUGUUAAAAAAUGUUUUGUAAUUAUAUGUUAAUUUGGAGACAAAUACAUAUAUGUCUUUAAAUCAUGCUAAGAAUUAGUUUUGUAUUAGGUAUAUAUUUAUUGAUCAUUCACUCUGCUUAUUGUAAUUUGUAUUUGAUUUAAAUGUUCAUAUAUAAUGGAGCUACUGUGUUACUGUACUGUUCUGUUUUUGUUGUUGCUCACUUCCAUAUCAAUAUGUAUAGUAUAAAUGUAUCUUCAAUCUUAGCGUUUGAAAAGAAAUGAUAGAGCUGUUUAGUAGUAGUAUGGUUAUUGCUAGUGUGGACACAUUAUGCUUUGUGUGUAUGAUAGACCUACAGAUUUAUGUAACUCAAGUGUGUAUGGCCGCUAUCUUCAGCAAGUUUGAGCAUGUCUUACCAUUCAGAGUUUGUGGAAGUUUCAUGUAACAUAAUUAUGUCCUGAUUUGUACAUCAAUGGCUUGCAUGGGUUGUGAACUCAAAGGCUAUUUGACUUGUGGCUAGGAACCAUAUUAAAGCUUGUUUAUUUCGUACUUCUUAAUAUUCUAACACUUGUUUCUAAUUGUGUACAAAAAAACACCCUGUUUGUAAAAUGUUGUAAAAAUAUUGGCAUUAAUCUCAGCUGUGUUAUUCUCAAUGCAACAGCCUUGUCACAGUUUGAUCGUGAUAUGGUCAUCACAUGUUUUCUAGUUGCAGAGUCCAUGGCCUCAAAAAGCAAGUUUACUGGUUGGCUGUACAACAAUGGUCAUGUGAUCAGGAGUCAUGUGCCAUCAGGUCAAAUGAUCACAUCAGAAGGUCACAUGACUGGUGCUAAUUCCAUGACAGCUGUG